UCCUCCGCCAGGCCCGUCUCACUUCCCAGGGCGGGGCCCGGGGGGAGCCGGUCAGCCGCAGCGGCCCCCCAGGGAAGCUGGAGGAGCAGCCCCGAGCCCUCCGCGCGCGUGGCCAGAGCGGCACGGGACAGCGCCGAGCGGGGAGCUGCGCGGCAGCCCCGUGCGGGGCUGAGGGGAAGGAGGCUGGGGCGCAGCGAGCCACUUCUCCCGGGCUGCCCGGCGAGGAGGCAGCGUCUGCAGGGCAACUAUGGACCAUGCUUUCAAGAAACAGGAGGCUCUUUAAUAAUGAUGAUAAGGACAGUUGAUCUUACCACAUCCUGAUUAUCUAGGAACAAUGGAGGAGAGCUAAAUGACUUCUUCCAGAGGACAGCCUAAGCAUGAGGAUGUUACCAUGCCGAUGUAUGAACAACUGUGUCCUGUAAGAUUUAUUUUGCUGGCUCUUAUCCUUGAAGAAUGGCUGCCAUGUCUUGUGCAAAUUGUUCCCUUCAGUACUACAGCCAACUCAAUCAACCUCUUGAAGCUAGCUGUAUGCUGCUCCUGAUUAUGCUUGGAAAAGUGUCGCUCAAUCUCUUCAUGUUGGGAGUUAGAAGAUGGGAUGUAAAACAAAGUUUUAUGGGAUAUUUCUGUAUUUCACUGGCACUCCUUGACUUCACACUUCUGGUGAAUAUAGCUUUCAUCUCCUAUUUUGAGGACUUUGCACUUUGGGGUGUGAGAUUUACCAAGUACCACAUUUGUCUGUUCACUCAGAUAAUUUCCCUUAUGUAUGGUGUCUUGCAUUACCCAGUUUGUCUCGUGUCUGUUCUGGAUUAUUACAUGACUAUAGCUCAAACCCCUAAACCUGUUAGCAUAGGUCAAAGACUACUUUAUAUACUUGCUGUGAUUUUUAUGUGGAUUUCAGUCCUCUUUUAUAUUCUGAAAGUUCCAGCUGUUUCUGCUGAAUUAGAAAUACAGAACCACUUUUUUACAUGCCCUUUCUAUAUCAGUGUUCAAAGCUACUGGCUAUCAUUAGCCAUGCUAUUUGUUAUAGGUGUGGCUCUGGUGAUUUGUUGGUCGGAAGUUAUAACUAUGGUGCGGUCUGUCCGGAUUAUUUCCUUGACAAGUGUGACUGUUUUAAUCUUCUCAUAUGCAUCUGACUGUGAUUGCACUGUCUGUAAAAAGCAGCUUUUGACAAGACUCCUCAUCUGCUUUCUUGGCACUUGGACACCUUUUGUUUUCCUUCAGAUGAUCAUCUUGUUGCUUGGUGCUCAGAUUCCAGCCUACAUGGAGAUGAAUGUCCCCUGGCUAUACUUCAUAAACAGCUUUCUAAUCGCAACAGCAUACUGGUUUAGGUGUCAUGACAUUCAAUUGACAGCGGGGAUGUGGUCUGCAGAUCCAUUUGUCAGCUGGAAAUUCUGCUUCAUCCCAUUUAACAAUCAAAAUACAGAGCAAGCUGAAAAGCCAGGCACAGUAAUCAUCUGUUAAUAAACUGCUGUGUGAAAAGGAUACAAAUAAGAGCUGUGCAUCAGAGGUGUCUGACUCUGCUAUUUUGAUGUCCUCUGUGAACACAUGUAAAUGGAUUAUACAAGGAAAUUCCUCAAACUACAAUAUGAAGAAAAAUUCACCAAAAUUCUCCAAUGUAUAAUGGAAUAUUGCACUAUAGUGUGGAAUACUGAACUGUUUUCCAAGCUAGACUUCAAAUAAAAAUGGGUGCUUACUGCACAAAAUAUUUUAAUGGAAUGUGUUAUAUAUUCAAAAUAUAGUUGAAAACAGGUAAAUAAAAAUGUCCAGUACUUCUGCAAAAAACUGCCUGAUUUUAACAUUAAAUGCUAAUAAA